AUGCCGGAGCCUUCCUCACGGGAUCAAUUUAUAUUCAUCGACGAGGAUUUUAAACGACCGUUCUUUACCGCUUAUGUGAAAACAUGUAUGCUUACUGUAUAUAUGGUGCGAUAUUUGGUGUUUGAAAAGCCAGAACAGCACGUGUACAAAGUUCUCGAAAAUGAGCUCUCCGAUUGCGAAUCGAUUGACAUGGGUGGUCAUAGCUUGCACGUGUACAAAGUUCUCGAAAAUGAGCUCUCCGAUUGCGAAUCGAUUGACAUGGGUGGUCAUAGCUUGACAAUGGAAGGUUUCGAAACGAUGACAUCCGAUUCAGAAGUUGACACAGACCGAACAGACGGUGUCUCUCGGAGCGUCCGUUUUGCAGAACAUCGAGAGACAAUGGAAGGUUUCGAAACGAUGACAUCCGAUUCAGAAGUUGACACAGACCGAACAGACGGUGUCUCUCGGAGCGUCCGUUUUGCAGAACAUCGAGAGGUACGGCGAAUGCCAUCGGUUGAAGCUCAUGAGGCUCGUCUGGCACGGCAACCGUAUUCCCCUCCGAUUUUCGACUGUAAUUUUUCCAUAAAUCUUCCGCGAAACGUGAAAUAUACAGUAUUUUUCUUUGCUCCCAUGUGGCUCAUCUGUACCUUCACAUACCAAACGGCUUUGGUGUUCACUUCGGUUUCUGCGUUGAAUUUGAUCUCAUCAUCGUCGUCUCUGUUCGUUCUAGUCUUCUCGAUUUGCUUUCCCUCAACUGGCUCCAGCUUCACGCUUUUGAAAGCUUUUCUUGUUGCUUUGAAUUUGGGAGGUGUUUUCCUUGUGUCGCAAUUCUCUUCAUCGUUUCGUGGCACUUUACUCGCUCAGGUUUCGGCAGUUUCAUAUGCUCUGUACAUAACAUUAUACACUCGAUAUCAAGAGAAGAAUGGAGAAAUCGGUCUUAACCUCAUGUUCGGUGAG